GCAGCAGCAGAAGUGAAGUGAGCUGAACUGGCUGACCCAGCUGCUGGCUGCAAGGAAUGCUGCAGUGCACUAUAUGUGGAUAUGGGCUGGAUGGGAAUGAUUAGGGUUGCCCAACAGUGUCGUGAUCGUAUUACAGAGGAGGGGGAGUGAACAUUAGGUUUUCUUUUCAAUCGGAAUACAUGUUGUAUUUGAAGAGUUUGGGUAACGUUUGGAAUUAAAGCUGUGAUCUUUGGGAAUCAUUUGCAUCAUAUGAUUACCGAAUGUUUGUGCUCCAUAUUUCUGCAAAUCACGCUCUGCUCAAAGCCGCCUGUUUCACGCAGCUGGAACAACUAGGCUCGGCUGCUGCCUUUAUCUUUAUUUGUCAAUAGCACCUCAUGUUCGGGUCGGUUCUGCAGGGCAACCAUGUUUUCAUUGAGGAUCGUCACGGCGGAUUAUUACAUGAGCAGCCCGAUCCGAGAGCUGGACGCCUGUUACUCUGAGUUCAGAGAGAGUGAUGUCAAGAAAGUGCCCGUGGUGCGGAUCUUUGGGGCAACACCAGCAGGCCAGAAGACAUGUCUUCAUCUCCAUGGCUUGUUCCCAUACAUCUACGUGCCGUAUGACGGAUUUGGACAGGAAGCAGAUCGGUACCUUCGACAGGUGGCCUACAGUAUUGACAGAGCCCUGAAUGUCAGCAUGGGAAACCCCUCGUCUAAUGUGCAGCACAUCUUUAAAGUGGUUCUGGUGUCUGGCAUGCCUUUCUAUGGAUACCAUAUGAAGGAAAAAACCUUUAUGAAGAUUUACCUAUACAACCCACAGAUGGUCAAAAGGGUGAGUGAACUCCUGCAGGGUGGAGCUGUAAUGAAUAAGAGUUUUCAGCCCCAUGAAGCUCAUAUUCCCUUCCUGCUCCAGCUCUUUAUCGAUUACAACCUCUACGGCAUGAACAUGAUCAGUCUUGCUGCUGUUAAGUUUCGAAAAAGCAGUGCAACAGGAGAGCAGAUGUUGAAUAUAGGGGGCAGCACCAGCCCAUGGAAGAAUCCCUGUGUGUCCAAACUCAGUGACAGCGAGCUGAGGGAUACAAUGUGUACUCGCUGGGAGGAGGACAACAUACCAAGUUCUCUGGUUUUAGAGGAGGUGGAACGGAUGAGUGUGUGCGAGCUGGAGGUCGAUGCCGUGGCUGCUGAUGUUCUCAACCGUUUAGAGAUUGAGAAUCAGAUUGGUAGAAACCCUGGUCUCCAGGCCAUCUGGGAUGAUGAGAAACAGCGACGACGGGAGAACAGUGAAAGCUCUCAUAUUGAAAUGCCUGAAUCGCAAGAUCGAGGCUUUGUAGAGUUUGCAGAGAGUGAAAGAAUCUUCAUGAAGAGGUUUAAGGAAAUUCUCAGGGAAAAUGCAUUUGACGUGACUCAGACUGGGUCUGAAGUCGAUUCUUUUCCUGAGCUCUCACUCCAUCCUGCUGUGCUUAGCCCAGAUGACUUGCCUUUCAUACCUGCCAGCCAAGUGGAUGUGCAUCAAGAUGCUGUCAAAGAUACAAAAAGGCAUGGUGGGAAAGAUGCUGAAGUGGCAGUUGUUGAUGAAGAGGCCAUUUUAAGUUUGUUGGAAAACAGUCAGACCUUCCUCCCUCUCUCUCAGAGAACCAACCAAUCAGCAAUACUUGACAGCAAUCAAGACCAGGCCAUGGUUGAUCUGCUAGAAGCAUUGGCAGAUGAUGGGUUUAGAGCCGACAGGUCCAGAGCAGUGUCCCAGCAGCUGUCUGCUAGCUGUGGCUAUAACAGUGAUGAUGAGGAAGCUGGGCCUGAACUGGAGAAAAAUGAGUCAGAGCUCAGUAAAAUCAUGUCACAAAGAUGGGACAGUGACAUGCCAGAACCCUCUGCCAGGAAAAGAUUAUGCAUGAAAGAAGCAAAUGAAAGCUCCAGCGAAGAACAGCAAGCCUCAUCAGAUGAAGAGGUGUAUUGGAGUGGAAACAGUGCUCUCCUUACUGGCUUGUCCAUUCCACAGUUGGAUGGAGCUGCAGAUGAGAAUAGUGAUUCAUCACUAACAGACAAAGGAUCAAGGACACAUUCAUCUCUAAUAGCAACAGAAAAGAUCCUUGGUAGAAGAAAUGUUUUUCCAAAUGAAGCUGUCCGUAUGGAGCCACCGUCCUCUGCUAAAAUUGUUCUUGAGUACAAAUGUGCUGAACAGAGACUCAAUCAAGAGGAUUUAGCAGAUAAGCAUUUAAAAAGUCAAGAGGCAAACGAAUGUUCAACUGGAUUAAGAGUUAACAAAGAGGUGCCAUAUAUUCAACCAGUUAAACACCCAGUCCCUUCCAAUACAGCAAAUAUAUCUAAAAUUGGUGCUGAAAAAAUUGGUAUGCACCCUUUGUACACUGGUGAAAACCAAGCCACUGGUCUUAAUCAGCCAGAUCCUGAUGAUUCAGUGUUUGGAAACUCUAAGCUUCCCCUGAGCAUAAAAAAAUAUACCAGUAUUAAAAAUUUGGAAAAGAACCAUUUAUCUAUCCUGGAGAAUCACAGGAGCUUCUCUGUAUGUUAUUCUGAGCUGAUGAACUGCCCCACCAAGACUGAAAUGGAACUCAGUCCAAAUGAUUGCAGAAGUACUGUGAUAAGUUUUGACCAGACACAAAGCCCUGUGGAAGAGAGUCAAGCUUUGGUCCCUCAAGAAGCUGAGACAGGACAGGGAGGAAAAGAGGAAGAUGUUGGUGAACUGAAAAUAAGAUACGAGGACUACCAAGAGAAUAAAACUGAGAGGACCAUUGUGGCACAGCAGGAGGCACACUACAAAUUUUUUCCAAGCGUAAUUCUGUCUAAUUGCCUGUCCAGACCCAUCAAAAAACAGGCCUGGAACAAGACUGGGGAUGGUUGCUGUAUCUUAGACAAUCCUGAACAGCGAAGGUCAAGGUUAAAGUUGACCAAAAAGAGAACUACAUUAGGUCAAAAACGGGUAAGUCCUGUAAGGACUCCAUCUCCAAUGAAAGAGGAAGUCACAGUGCUUCCUUCCAUCACUCCAGACUUUCUCCCAGAAAUGUAUAAGGAGGUUGACACGAAAACUUCAGAUCCACCAACUAUUAAAGGUUUACUUGAGAGCUCAAUAGAUGAAAAACUUGCAGAUAUUCCCAUCAAAGUCUCUUGCACAAAGGUGUCCAGUUUGCCAGGUAGCAAAUAUACCUUGCGGACAAAAAGAAAAAGGAGUUGCGACAGUGAAAAGGGGGAUCAUGAAAGUUCUGGUUCUUUCAAACAAGCUUUGGUGCAACAUGAAGGCUUUAAAGGCAAAGAUCAUGUCUUCAGCCAAAAAAAGAGGAAACUGGCUAAAAAAGAGCCACCAAUCAUCAUCAAAUAUAUAAUCAUUAACAGAUUCAAAGGUCAGAAGAACAUGCUAGUGAAGAUUUCUAAAAUUAAGGCUGAGGAAACGCACACAGUUUUAACACCAGAAAAGCUUGCCGAAUACAAAAAGCUCGCUCCUCUCAAAGAAUUCUGGCCCAAAGUGCCAGAGUCUACGGCAGUGAAGUACCCGCUACUUGAGCCAAAAGUAAAGAAAUGUCCUAAACGAAAAACCAAGGUCAACCCAAUAUCAAAGAGGGCCAGCACCUCCCCAAGAUCUAGAUGUCCACGAGCAAAUCAGACUAGGAGGGCAAAGCGGCCCAAAGCAUUGUUAAAUUUGCCAAAAUUACCCCCUCCAUGGCCUUGUUAUAAUGAUUUCACUGAUGACUGCUGUACAGAGUAUUCUGAUGUGAUGGUGGAGUUGGGUUAUUUGUCAGAAAGAGCCCCCAGUCCUACUGAUUCAACCCCACCAAGAUGUUGGUCUCCUACGGAGCCUUUACUGGAAUCAAAUUCAAAUGAUCAUCUUAUAAACCCCCAUAAUGAUCCAUGUCUAGGUUCACCCUAUCAAGCACUGGCUUCAAAACCAUGCCGAAGAGGUCUGUGGGAUAGAAGCAGCACACCCAGGCCUAAAAAGUCUUCUGCUACCAGCCCAAAAAGACGAAUUAAUACCUCAACAAAGUCAGGGAACAAAGAUUCUGUGAAAACUGAGGAGUCACAAAGGAGAAGUAUUCCAGCAGCUUCAAGGAGGCAAAAAAAACAGUGUGAAGGUAUUGAAGGGACUGUUCUCGGAGAUGGCACAUCAACUUCUCAGAAAGGCGGGAUGCUGAAUAAGAAGCAAUCCCUGAGAAAAAAGCAGGUCAAAGGUAAGAAGAGUAAUAAUUCACAGGCUUCACAUUCAGUUGACACUGCACCUAUUACUUCCUCAUCUGAUGACAUGACUCCUUUCCAAUGUCCCAGUUUUCAAAAAAGCAGUCAAGAGGAUCUUACUGUCAGUUGUUCAGACUUCAAAACAGAGGUCACCAGCAUAGGAAAAAGGUCAAAUCAAGAUGUUUUUCUCAUCAAUGCCAUUUCCUCAAAUGACUCGCAAAAAGAUUCACAGAUUACACCCAAUACCUGUAUUGAAAAACCUCUGAACAGUAUUCUUUCCCCAGCCACAAAGUCUGUUGGUUAUCCAUGUUCUGUCAUCACAUACAGCAGUUCCAAUUCAAAAUCACAAAAUACUAGUCAAGAUGGGACCAUUACAAAAAAUCCCUAUGAAUUCAAUUCAGAUGCCUCUGGCCAUGAAGAAAGCCCCAGUAUCGUACAGCAUUCACAAUCAAACAGAAAAGCCACUGUAAAGUCAAGAAGACCGCAAACAAAAAAGAAAGAUACCGUAACAACUUUAUUGGAGUCUGUUGAUUGUAGAUCCUCCCUUAUGUCCUCUGUUAAGAGUGCAAUUACAGAUGGAUCUCACACAGGUCUCACAUUGCCGUCAGACCCUAAAAAUAGGGAAAUGUUUGUUCCUGAGAUCCCUUCUGGACUGGCUGUCUUGAAAGAGCUUCUCCAGAAGAGGCAACUCAAGGCAGGAAAGGAACCACAUAAAAGUGAUCAAAUGACUGAGAUUGUGUUUUCUACCAGUCAAUCAACUGAUAUUUCCAAACCAGCCAAAUCUAGAAGAGCUCUUUCAUCAACAUCAAGAAAAGCAAGGGGUGCAAGAACUAAAGUGCCAAAAGAGUUAAAGUCCAAAAUCAGAAGUAAGAAAAGAAAACCUGAUGAUUUGAGAGUUGACUAUUUUUCAUCAGAUGACAGUCCUGUGUUUUUGUCUGAUCCUGGCUUUGACAGCUGUUGCUCUAUUGAGGAUAGCUUGUCCCCGGAGCUCCCAGACAAUUACAGUUUUGAUAUCAAUGCCAUUGGCCAAACCGAGUUCUCCAGUCUGUAUUCAAGUAACCAGUUUGUGUUAACUGACAAGCACUUGCCUCAGAAGUUCCUCAGUGAUGUCAGUCAGGAGGCAAUCAAUGCCCUGGUUGGGUUGGGGGACAGAUCUCAAAAGAUGUUUGACGUUGAUGAGAACAGCAAGCAUGAACAGGACUGGAACAAGUCUGGGGCUCUUAGUCCAGAACUCUUUGAUAAGACAUCUUGUGAAAAUGGCAGAGUUUAUACCAGUAAGGUAUCUCUGUCUCUGCUUGAUUCAGAAAAGAUCUUUAGCAAAGAUUGGGUGGGCUCUUUAGGUAAAAUCCAUGGCCUCAGCCACUUUCAGGACUUUCACUGUGAAAAGAGAGAUGUGUUGCUUGACCCAGAGCCCUUUUCCCCCCUUACUUCUGCUAAUUUUGCUUAUAGUGGUGUUUCCCCAAAUAGUGAUCCCCUAGAUGGCAGUUCAGCAACACCAAGCAGUUCCCCACGGUCCAUCAACUCACUGUCCCAGCUGAAAAAUGCUGGUCAGAGUUCAAAGAGCGGAGGAACUCACAUUCUCAAACCUCUCAUGUCUCCGCCUACUCGAGAAGAAAUCUUAGCUACUUUGAUUGAUCUGGACCUCUCAGAAGCCACCUACCAGGAACCAUUCUGCAGUGACCCAUCAGAUGCACCAUUGAAGCCAAGGGAGGUUGGUGGUCGGAAGUUGAUUUUGGAAACCAGGCUGGCGAAUGAACUAGUUGAAUUUCAUGGAGACUUAUCUCAAGACGGCUUACAUUUUUGGAAAGUUGCAUUUUGUGCCAUGACAAAUCAAGCCUCUGCACCAACCUAUGGGUUUAAAUCAUCUAUAUUUAUCAAGGACCAAAACCCAUCUUCUGGCAGUGAUCACAAAGUGAUCAUGCUUCCCUGCAAGUGUGCUCCAAGCCCAGAAGAGGUGCAGCUCUGGCUGCAGGCCAAAAAACAGUAUGAGUGCCUUCAGAGGGACAAGAAACAAAUGUGUGGCCAGGCAGUUGCAGAGCUGAUGCAGAGUACAUAUGACAAGAUUUCAUCUCAGAAAAAGGACUUGAAUUCGCCUUCCUCAGAGCAUCAUGAUAAAACGCUUGAAAAAGCUUCAGAGUUGCAGAGUAUCAGUAGGAAUGGCUUAAGUUUACCCCACCUUUUCUCACCAGUUAUGGCAGCUUCAUCUGACACUAGCCCUAAGAGUGUGAAAUGUACCUUGGACAUGGAAACAAACAAAAGUUAUCAGAUUAUCACUUCUCCAAACUCUCCUGAGAUUUCUACAUGGCAGCAAGGCCUAGCUGAGAUUAAACAAGAUGAGGACAAGGAGGAUUUUACUGAUGGAUUGCAAUUCCCUGACAUGGAUCAGUCUCAAAAUCUCAAUGGUACUGAAAAUGUACUGCCAAAGGACCACUUGAGUCCAUCACUUUUUCCCAUUAAAGACCCAGAUGUCAAAUGCUCUUACCUGCUCCAUAGCACACCUGUCCACAGGAGAAGCUGCAUUGACGACGAUGGGUCAAGCUGUAGUCCAAUAAGAAAUGAGGACAUGGAGCCCAGAUCACAGCGGCUACAUCGGAAGAGUAACAAAAAAAAAGAUGCUUUACGGAGAGUAUUGCUUACCACACAAAUUAAGAAUCAGCUUACCAAUGUGAAUGUUCCAAAGAGAGAGAACUCCCAGAUUGAGGGACCGUCAAUCUGUAAUUCAUAUGGCUUUAAAGUCAGUAUGCAGAACUUGCAGGAGGCCAAAGCAUUGCAUGAGGUACAGCACCUCACACUGAUAAGCAUGGAGCUUCAUGCAAGGACUCGACGUGACCUUGAGCCUGACCCUGAAUUUGACCCAAUUUGUGCUUUAUUCUACUGCCUCAGUUCUGAUGUCCCUCUCCCCAAAUCUAACACUAUCCAGAUGACGGGGGCCAUUGUCAUUGAUAAAGAUUCUUGUGGUUCAUCUGAAGCCUCCAGGAGCACAGCACCCUUUCUUUUUAGAUCUGGUGUGACAGGACUGCAGGUGACCUAUGCCAGUGAUGAGAAGGAGCUGUUUGAAGAGAUCUCCAACAUUGUUAGAAAGUUUGACCCAGACAUUCUGGUUGGCUAUGAGGUCCAGAUGCACUCUUGGGGUUACCUCCUGCAGCGCGCUUCAACCCUCGGUGUGGACCUGUGCCAGCAGCUCUCUCGUGUGCCAGGAGAUUCAAAGGAGAAUCGGUUCAUGGCAGAAAAAGAUGAAUAUGGUGCAGACACUAUGACGGAAAUCCAUAUUAUUGGACGCAUUGUCCUCAACUUGUGGAGAGUUAUGAAGACUGAGGCUGCGUUGAAUAACUACACUUUUGAGAAUGUGGCCUUCCACCUCCUGCAUCAGCGCUUUCCUCUUUACAGCCCUCGCACACUCUCUGACUGGUUUGACCACAACACACACCUGCACAGGUGGAAAGUGGUGGAUCAUUAUGUGAGCCGUGUGUGUGGUACAGUCCAGUUACUCCAGCAGCAGGACAUUAUUGGCAGGACAAGUGAGCUGGCACGCGUGUUUGGAAUUCAGUUCUACCAUGUGCUAACCAGGGGCUCACAGUACCGUGUGGAAUCAAUGAUGUUAAGGAUUGCGAAGCCAUUGAAUUACAUCCCAGUGACACCGAGCACACAGCAGCGCGCCCAGCAAAGGGCCCCGCAGUGCAUCCCACUGGUCAUGGAGCCAGAGUCGCGUUUCUAUAGCAACUCGGUCAUUGUGUUAGAUUUCCAGUCACUGUAUCCAUCCAUCAUCAUUGCCUACAAUUACUGUUACUCCACCUGCCUUGGCCAUGUCGAGAACCUCGGAACGUGCGAUGAGUUCAGGUUUGGUUGUACAUCCCUCAGAGUCCCUCCUGACCUCCUAUACCAGCUCAGAAAUGACAUCACCAUUUCUCCCAAUGGUGUCGCAUUUGUUAAGUCAUCAGUGCGGAGGGGUGUACUUCCACGGAUGCUGGAGGAGAUUUUGAAGACCAGGAUCAUGGUGAAGCAGUCCAUGAAGGCGUACAAGAACGACAAAGCUCUGUUGCGCCUGCUGGAUGCCAGGCAGCUCGGCCUCAAACUCAUUGCUAAUGUCACUUUCGGUUACACUGCUGCCAACUUCUCGGGACGAAUGCCCAGCGUUGAGGUAGGCGACAGCAUUGUGCACAAGGCCCGAGAGACUCUGGAGAGAGCCAUAAAGAUGGUCAAUGACACCAAGAAGUGGGGAGCGCGUGUGGUCUAUGGAGAUACAGACAGUAUGUUUGUGUUGUUGAAAGGAGCAACUAAGGAACAGGCAUUUAAGAUUGGUAAUGAAAUUGCCGAGGCUGUCACUGCCACCAACCCUAAACCCAUCAAAUUGAAAUUUGAGAAGGUGUACCUCCCAUGCGUUUUACAGACGAAGAAGCGUUACGUUGGAUACAUGUAUGAGAGUUUGGAUCAGAAAAACCCAGUGUUUGAUGCCAAAGGCAUUGAAACUGUGCGUCGUGAUGGCUGCCCCGCUGUUGCCAAGAUCCUGGAGCGAUCUCUGAAGCUGCUUUUUGAGUCGCGUGACAUCAGCCAGGUGAAGCAGUACGUGCAGCGGCAGUGUGUGAAGGUGCUGGAGGCCAAAGCCAGCAUGCAGGACCUCAUCUUUGCCAAAGAAUACCGCGGCAGCGGGUCGUACCGGCCAGGGGCCUGUGUCCCUGCUCUGGAACUGACCAGGCGUAUGAUGGCACAUGAUCGGCGGUUGGAGCCGCGUGUGGGUCAGCGUGUGCCGUAUGUCAUUGUGUACGGGACGCCGGGAGUGCCGCUCAUACAGCUGGUUCGGCGUCCUGUAGAGGUACUGCAGGACCCCAGCCUGCGCCUCAACGCCACCUACUACAUCACCAAGCAGAUCUUGCCACCACUUGCACGAAUUUUUAACCUGAUUGGAGUAGAUGUGUUCAUCUGGUACCACGAGUUGCCGAGGGUACAGAAGGCCUGGAGCUCUGCGGGGGGUGGAGGAGGAGAUGAGGGCACAAGAAAGGGCACCAUCUCUCAGUACUUUACAACACUGCAUUGCCCAGUUUGUGAUGAGCUGACACAGCUGGGAGUGUGUGAGCGAUGCCGAGCCGAACCGCAGCGCGUUGCGGUUCACCUACACCAAGACCUGCGGCUUUGGGAAAGCCAGCAAGACCAGCUCCUAAAGGUAUGUAGAAGUUGCAGUGGCAGUGCAGAGCGUCAGGUGCCAUGUGUCUCAUUGGACUGCCCUGUACUCUACAAGCUGUCUCGUGUCAGUCGACAUCUUUCCCGAGGACCAUACCUUCGCCAGCUGCUGGAGCAGUUCUGAGAGUCCUCUUUCAUUUUACUCUGGUGCUAUUAACACUGUGCCAUUCAGCACAAUUUCUAUGUGUCAUUGUUUGAAAAGGUGCUUUUUUCCCCUACGUGACCUUUGAGAGAUUCCAUCUAAUACUGUUUGACUGCAUUGUAGGGGGACUGAAGAGGCCUUAAAUACAGAAAAGAGGAAGAUGAUUUUGAUGCACUGUGUUUGAAUUUGCUUCAUGGUUGUUGUCAGAGUGUUAAAUAAUUUGGUACAUUUCUGCAGAUUGACAGGCCAAACAUUUACAGCAUAAUCCUCUCUAAACUGAACCUCGUACUGUAGCAGUUUGUAAAUCAAGGAGAUUCAGUACUGG